CGGGACCCGGGCUGACACUUUCCGAGUCCCAUGGCCAGUCAAGGUGCGAGCGCUGCGACAGAAGCAAGACUCGAUCACUAGUCCUCGCAAGAAGCGGCAACAAGAUAGAUGGCAUGGCCAAGCAAGUCACACAGAGACCCACAUUUGGGAGUUUGCAGCGACAAGACAGCCGCCUCACCCGACAGAAAUGGCCAUGAGACAGCUGCCCAAAGACUGCCCAGAGGAACCUCCUCCGUAGCGUAUCCCGGCAUGGCAUCGAAGCGCAUCGACGGGUUUCGCUCAGUAUUCUCGCCCUCGCCCUCAACCUCGGCGCCGCACCAUGCACCCGCCUCCGAACCCGUGAUCCUGGUCUUUGGCGAGACGGGCGUUGGAAAGUCGACGUUCAUCAAUGCACUGGCAAACUACCUGAGCUUUUCCGACAUCGACAGCGUUGAUCAAGGCAAUAUGAAGAUCAUGAUCCCGACGCAGUUCUCGCUGCACGACUUUGAGGCCACGGGACACGGGACGAUGUUCAAAUCAGGCAAUCUCACACUCAAGUCGACCCACGAAUCGACGACCGACAAUGAACAGCACAUUGUCGGACGAUCCUCAACACAAAGCCCCCGCACCUACAUCCUGGAGACGCAGCUCGAUUCGGGUCGGCAUGUGUCCAUCAGAAUCAUCGACACCCCCGGACUGGGCGACACCCGGGGCUUUGACCAAGACCGACGCAACGUCGAAAACAUCAUCGGCUAUCUCUCCCACUACGACAACAUCAGUGCUGUGUUUCUUCUGCUCAAGUCCGACGUGACCCGGACGACGAUUCCGUUCAAGUUUUGUUUCAAGGAGCUGCUCAAGAACCUGCACAAGCGCUGUGCAAACAAUGUUAUGUUCAUGCUCACGCAUUCACGAAGCUCCUUUUUCCGGAAUGGCGACACGAUUUCCAGCUUGACUGCGCUGCUGGAGGAGAUCAAGCGGGAGUCCGGGGUCGAGAUUCCGAUUGCGAAUAACGUCUUCAUGAUCGACAACGAGGCGUUCCGCUUCCUGGUUGCCAAACACAAGAUGGAGUUUUCGGACACUGAGCGAAACCAGUUCCGCUCCUCGUGGGAGAAAUCGACCAAGACAUCCCGGAAGCUGAUCCAAGCCAUUGCCGAGAUUGAGCCCUGCGAGACCGAAAGCUCCGUGUUCCUCCUGAGCACUCGGCGCUGCUUCAUAAAGCUGUGCAAGUUCUCGGCCCAUGUCACCAAACUGGAGGAAGCCACAGAGAAGUCGACCCGGGCCGAUAUUGCCGAGGCCAAGCGCACCCUGACGACGACCCUCAACAUCCCCGUCAAGUACAAGCUGUCCCACUCGAUGACCGUCUGCACCAACAAGAGCUGCACCAAGGUGAUGCAGGACCAGAGCGGACAGAGCAUCAUCGACUAUGUCGUCAAGUGCAAUCCUCGCUGCACCCUGGCGGACAUACACUUGCAGAGUAUAGGAGACCCGAGACUGCGCUUCAGCCCCAUCAUGGUGCGCGAGCAGUGUCGAACGUGCUCGCACUCCUUCCGAGAGCACAUGAACAUUGACUGGGAUGUCCGAUAUGAAUCAAGAGAGAUCGCCAGUCCUUCGGCACAGCGACAGCUAGCCAAGGCGCAGGCGAAAGAGCACGCCAUCAGCAAAGCCAUCCAGACGCUGGAGGAGUCGCUGCGGGAAAUCCAAGCCGCAGACGAGAGCAUUAGGAAGGUCGGCCGUCGACUCGCCAGCUACUUGACGGAGCACAGCAUCAGUCCCCUUCAACACCUCGCUGCUUGAGUAUCUCGAGAUCCUGAGCAAGGACGCACAAGCCUCGGGCAUGAGCGGCGCCUCUCUUGGCCAAUCAAGUGAGAGCUUCAAAGAUCUGGAGACCGACAAGUUGAUCCACGAGGCCGAGAAGAAGAUGGUGCUGGCGGUUCAAGAGAGGAGCGAGGCCGUGCCCUCGAGGGACGAGAUUGAGCGACUGAUGGGCGAGCUGUCCAAGAUUCGCUACUCCAACACCGAGGGAGUGGCAGGGCUUUCACGAGCCUUUGGCGCAAUAUCUGUUUCGGGGAACUCGGGCGGCUCACGAUUCCACGCUCUCGCUUUCCGGCCCGUAGUUAAAUAGGAUGGUGGUUGCUCACAUCAGGGUGCGCCAACAAGUGCAGCGAUGUUUGAAUAUAGAUAAAAUGGAGGAUGGAAUCAGUCCUGCC